ACUUUCCGGCUGCGAGCUGUCGAAGCCGGAGUCACACCUGUGUCCCCACAGCCCUGUCACGAAUCCCAGUCGGGUUCUGGGAGGGACCGCCUCGGGGUUGCGGGCCGGGUGCGGCUCGGCGGUGGAGGACUCACUUCCUGCUCCAUCCCCGGCUGGGCCCUGGGGCGGAACUGAUGACCCUUGAUAAUGUGGCUGGGGACUUCAGGGAAGAGUGGGUUGCCUGGACACUGCUUAGAGAAUCCUCUUCAGGAAUGCCACCCAGCACAGUUAGAAGAAUGGGUUUUCAAAGGAAUUUCCAGGCCUAGUGUAAUCUCCCAUUUGGAGCAGAAAGAAGAGCCAUGGGUCCUACCACUCCAAAACUUUGAGGCGAGGAAGAUCCUGAGGGAAAGCCACGCAGACUUUGAGCAUCAGGUGGCAAAGCUCAAUCAGGACAUUUCUGAAACAGCAGAACAAUGUGGAACAUCCUCAGAAAGAACCAAUAAAGAUCAUUCUCAUACUCUUAGUUGGGGAGGAAACUGGGAGCGAGGCCUAAAAUUAGAAGGGCAACAUGGAACCCUUCCAGGAGAGGACCAGCUGGAGCCCUUUUCACAGGAGAGGGAUUUAAACAAGCUCCUAGAUGGAUAUGUAGGAGAGAAGCCUAUGUGUGCAGAAUGCGGGAAAAGCUUUAACCAGAGUUCCUAUCUCAUAAGACACCUAAGAACCCACACUGGCGAGAGGCCCUAUAUGUGCACUGAGUGUGGGAAAGGCUUCAAACAGAGCUCAGACCUUGUCACCCAUCGCAGAACACACACAGGAGAGAAGCCCUACCAAUGCAAGGGGUGUGAGAAAAAAUUCAGCGACAGCUCAACACUCAUCAAACAUCAGAGAACCCACACAGGGGAGAGACCCUAUGAAUGCCCAGAGUGUGGGAAGACUUUUGGGCGGAAGCCACACCUCAUUAUGCACCAAAGAACCCACACAGGCGAGAAGCCCUACACGUGCCUGGAAUGUCACAAAAGCUUCAGUCGAAGCUCAAAUUUCAUCACUCACCAGAGGACCCACACAGGGGUGAAGCCUUACACGUGUAAUGACUGUGGGGAGAGUUUUAGCCAGAGCUCGGAUUUGAUUAAGCACCAACGAACCCACACAGGAGAACGGCCCUUCAAAUGCCCGGAGUGUGGGAAGGGCUUCAGAGAUAGUUCUCAUUUUGUAGCUCACAUGAGUACUCAUUCAGGAGAAAGACCUUUCAGUUGUCCUGACUGCCACAAAAGCUUCAGUCAGAGCUCACAUUUAGUCGCGCACCAAAGAACACACACAGGUGAGAGACCUUUUAAGUGUGAAAACUGUGGGAAAGGAUUCACUGACAGCUCCGCCCUCAUUAAGCACCAACGAAUCCACACAGGAGAAAGACCCUACAAAUGUGGGGAGUGUGGGAAGAGCUUCAGUCAGAGCUCCCACUUUAUUACCCAUCAGAGAAUCCACUUAGGAGACAGGCCCUAUCGAUGUCCUGAGUGUGGCAAGACCUUCAAUCAGCGUUCCCAUUUCCUCACACACCAGAGAACGCAUACAGGAGAAAAACCUUUCCACUGUGGUAAAUGUAACAAGAGCUUCCGUCAGAAAGCGCAUCUUUUAUGCCAUCAAAACACCCAUUUGGUUUAGGAAAUAGUCUUUAGUGUUCUGCUGCUCCAUUGCGAAUUUUCAUUGCUACUGUCUUCAAGCACCCCAAAUAGAGAAAACCUGGGCAUCAGAGGCUCAAUUUAGGCCCUGAUCUAUCCUCCCUCUUUCUUGUCUAUGUUAUAACAGAGAGGAUAAACUUAAAGGGACCAAAUAACGGUCCGAAUACAAAAGGCAUUCCUU